AUGAGGGUUUACGAGUUGGGGCCAAACGGGGGGAUGUUGACGGCCCUAAACCUCUUCGCCACCAAGAUCGGCGCGCUGCUGCAGCUCAUUUUCAACAGAUGCAGCAGCAGCAGCAGCAGCAGCAGCAGCAGCAGCAGCAGCAGCAGCGGGGGCGAAGGGGGCGGGGUGGGAGCUGCGCAGCAGAGCGAGGGAGCGCCCGCUGCUCCCAGCAGCAGCAGCGGCAGCAGCAGCAGCAGCGGCAGCAGCAGCAGCAGCGGCAGCAGCAGCAGCAGCAGCAGCAGCAGCAGCAGCGGCAGCAGCAGCAGCAGCAGCAGCAGCAGCAAGAGGGGGAUAGACGUGGUGCUGGUGGACACUCCUGGGCAAAUAGAAGUGUUUACUUGGAGCGCGAGCGGGGCUUUAAUUGCAGAAGCUUUUGCUGCCAGCUUUCCCACUUUGCUGCUGUAUGCAGCAGACUGCUGCAGCUGCCAAGCCCCAAACAGCUUCCUCAGCAACUUAGUGCAUGCAUGCAGCGUUUGCUUCCGCCACAAACUUCCCUUUUUGCUGCUGCUCAACAAGACAGACGCAGCAGACCCCAACAAAGUCCUCAAACUCCUCAACAACUACGAAGACUUCCAGGAAGCCCUUUUGGCGGACGAUCGUUACAUGGGCAGCCUGGGCCGGUCCACGGCGUUGGCGCUGUGCAGCUUUUACGAGAAAAUUGAAACUCUGGGAGUUUCUGCUGCCACUUUGGAGGGGAUGGACAAGCUGUGGCCUUGUCUGCUGAGGCUGCGGCAAGAAUACCAAGAGCAGUAUAUUCCUUAUUUGCUGCAGCAGCGGCAGCGGGCGCAGGAGCGGAAGCUGAAGCAGCAGCAGCGCCAGCUCGAGCGCUUUAUAGCUGACAGCAGCAGCAGCAGCAGCAGCAGCAGCAGCGGGCGCGCAGCAGCAGCAGCAGAGGAAAGCGACAAGCGAGAAGCAGACUAG